AUGGCGCUUACUUCCCAAGGAACAAAGAAAAAAGUUUGCUACUACUAUGAUGGGGAUGUUGGAAAUUAUUACUAUGGUCAGGGGCACCCAAUGAAGCCCCACCGAAUCCGCAUGACUCACAACCUGUUGCUCAACUAUGGGCUGUACAGAAAAAUGGAGAUAUAUCGUCCACACAAAGCCAGCGGAGAAGAGAUGACCAAGUAUCACAGUGAUGAUUACAUCAAAUUCUUGCGUUCAAUUCGACCAGACAACAUGUCAGAGUACAGCAAACAAAUGCAGAGAUUUAAUGUGGGGGAGGACUGUCCAGUGUUUGAUGGUUUAUUUGAGUUCUGCCAGCUCUCAGGAGGGGGCUCUGUUGCCGGUGCGGUGAAGUUGAACAAACAGCAGACGGACAUUGCUAUCAACUGGGCUGGAGGCCUGCAUCAUGCCAAGAAGUCUGAGGCUUCUGGGUUUUGCUAUGUCAACGACAUUGUACUGGCUAUCCUAGAGUUAUUGAAAUACCACCAGAGAGUUCUUUACAUAGAUAUUGACAUCCACCAUGGAGAUGGUGUUGAAGAGGCCUUCUACACCACAGACCGUGUCAUGACAGUGUCCUUCCACAAGUAUGGAGAGUACUUCCCUGGAACAGGCGACCUGAGGGACAUUGGUGCUGGUAAGGGUAAAUAUUAUGCUGUGAAUUACCCGCUGAGGGAUGGGAUUGACGAUGAGUCAUAUGAAGCCAUAUUCAAACCUAUCAUGGCCAAGGUGAUGGAGAUGUAUCAACCCAGUGCAGUGGUUCUGCAGUGUGGAGCUGAUUCACUGUCAGGAGACAGGCUUGGUUGCUUUAACCUCACCAUUAAAGGCCAUGCCAAGUGUGUGGAGUACAUGAAGAGUUUCAACCUGCCACUGCUAAUGCUGGGUGGAGGAGGCUACACCAUCCGUAAUGUGGCACGCUGCUGGACGUAUGAGACUGCUGUAGCCCUUGAUACAUCCAUCCCCAACGAGCUCCCUUACAACGACUACUUUGAGUACUUUGGACCAGACUUCAAGCUUCACAUCAGCCCCUCCAACAUGACCAAUCAGAACACCAAUGACUACCUGGAGAAGAUAAAGCAGCGCUUGUUUGAGAACUUGCGUAUGCUUCCCCAUGCCCCGGGAGUCCAAAUGCAGGCCAUUCCCGAGGAUGCUGUACAGGAAGACAGUGGCGAUGAGGAGGAGGAUGACCCCAACAAACGCAUCUCCAUCCGUGCACAUGACAAGAGGAUAGCGUGUGAGGAGGAGUUCUCUGACUCUGAAGAUGAAGGCGAGGGAGGCCGCAGAAAUGCAGCCAGCUUCAAGAAAGCAAAGCGAGUCAAAACUGAAGGAGAAAAAGAGGUGGAAGAAAAGGAGAAGAAAGGUGAGGAAGAAACAAAAGAAGCAAAAGAAGAAGAGAAGGUGCCAGAGGAAGAGAAAAUGGACACAUCAAAGCCAAAAGAGGAGUCCAAGACACCUUGAGGUCCUCAGCCACCAAUGAUGACCUUACAACUGAUCAGAACGCAUCUUAAAGCAAGAUUUGUUGUUGUUGGAUAAAUCAUCUUCCAGGCUACUGCUGUGGAAGUCAGUGAAGAACUAUACCUUUUUAUAAUGGGACCCCACUUCCUCAAAAUGGGGGCGGGGAUCUAAAUAUUUUCUAGGACACCUUUUCAACCUUACCCGUUUAUGGACUAAGGUCAGACUGAGUGUUGAGUAUUUUUUUUGUUGAAUGUUUUUUUCAUUUUUUUUAUUCCUAAUCUUUUUAUUCUAUGACACUUGCUUUUCCCUUGUGAUGCAACUCUGCAAAAAUGAUUUAGUACAUGUAUGCUUUUAUAUAUCUGAUGGAUUUAAUUUAUUUAAAUCAGAUAUUUUGGUUACUGUUGUUUUUCAGUCCCCCUUUAGUCAUGUCUUUAAAAAUGUAGUUGAAGCAUGUUUAUACAAUAGAUCCUUUUCUGUAAUACAUUGUGGCACUAGUCUUGCCUGCUAAAGGUCACUGAGCGUGGUUGAGACGGUUGUGUAUACCUGAAUACCUUUUUACAUGGCACAGUAUUAGUAAAUUACAGUCCUGUAUUG